AUGAAACAAGACAUAACUGAAAAUAUCCUAAGAAGGCUUGCUGCAUAUACGGUUGAGAACAAUCUCACCAACUUUGAUCAAAGUACCAAAGGGACCAGCGUAAUAUGUUUAGAGGACUUCGAAACCCAUUUAAAACAAGUUGCAUCGACUGAGUAUGGUAUUAUGAAGUCUCAGUAUGCUUCGUUAUUCAAUUUUUUGAUGUCAAAAGAAGCAUUGGAAUCUUCUCAAAAACAAUCGUAUGAAAUCAUGACCGCCGGUGAAUAUAAGCAAGACUUGCCACACUUGAAGAACAGUUUCUUGGAUCUGAAAACAUUUUCGACGGAUGAUGCCCAUCUAUUGGUGAUGUAUAACAAAAAUGGGACUAUGAGCUCUGAAAGAUCACUGACCGAAGAAAUAAUAGCAUGUUACAAGGAAAACCAACUUUCAAAAGAGGACGUGUACUUGGUAAAAAGAGGUAUCAGGGAAAGGGUGAACGCCGCCGUCCAAACCGUAUUCCCCCAAUUUGCUUUAUCUGUUGAAAUGAUUAGAUCGUGCCAUACAGAAUUGACGUUUCCUGAUAGUACUUUACAUCUGGGGAUCAUUAUUCCCAAAUGUUCAAGUGAAAAAAAAGCUGAGUUUUCAAAAUUUCAAGCACGUCAUGAUUGUUUACAAGAUAUGGAUAACUAUAUCGGGUGUUUACAAGAGAUUGGCAUGGCUGAUAUUCAAUGUUGUCCAAAACGUGGCAACAUCUUAUUGUUUACUGACUCUGUAUCCGGAAACUUAUGUGAUAUCAGCAUUGAUAGAACCCUGCUUUUUGAAAGGGAAGAAUUGAUCAAAACAUAUCUUGAGUUGGAUGAAAGGAUUAGGCCUUUAAUUAAUGUCAUACUGUAUUUUUGCCAAGGACAUCAUCUAAAGAAUGCUGACGGGCAUCCAUCUUUAAGCACAUAUUCCUUAAUCAUGUUGAUAUUGAACUUCUUGAUGAAUGGAUUGGAACACCCUGUUAUUCCUAACCUUCAAAAUCUCUCGUUAGACAAUGAGUAUAUUUCAAUGGAGAAUCGAACUUUGUGGAAUGGUCAAAACGUUGAUAGUUUGGGUACACUCUUGAUUGGGUUUUUCCAAUAUUAUUCCAACCGAAAAAAUCUCACUGGUGGAGUCUCUAUCUUUCGAGCAGGUGGAAGUAGAAGAUGUCGAAAAUAUUUUCACCCUGUUGUCAUUAAUGAUCCGUUUUUACCAAUUAACAAUAUUGCAUCCGGUUGUAAACCAGAUGCUAUGGAAGAAACACUUAAAAAGUUCGAUUCAGCGUGGAAGGCUUUAACAGAUGGAAGAGGCUUUCAAUAUAUUUGUGGAAGCGAGUUGCAAAUGUAUUAG